AACCCCGUGCUAAACAAACCAUUCGCUCUUACUCUCCGAUGUAGACAAAUUUCUCGUCCACAGAGUGCACGGUGAAUUUUAUUCCUUCGCAAUGGGGGGAAAGUGGGCCGUUUUGGUUUUGCUGGGGGCACUGGCGGCCCCCGGGGCCCCGCAGAGGCGCCUCGAUCUGUUCGGCUGCGCCGAGAACUUCGACAUUCGCUCAGACACGAUCAUCAGGACGCAGGACUCGCAAGUCCUCGGCGCCAGGUUCAUGAAUGAGUCCGAAGUGUCCAGCAGGGACGAAUGCGUCCGGCAUUGCUGUCAGACCACCGACUGCAAUGUUUUUAUCUAUGAGGAGAAGACUCCUGGCAGUUGUUACUUGUUUGACUGCGGCCCAACUGACGAUUUCAAGUGCAAGUUUCACACCCACGGCCACUACGUGAGCGGUGUGAUGACAGUGAAUAGACAAGUGGCUGAACUGGAGAGCCAGAUCAAAUUGAGCAAACACGAACAGGAGCUUACUGGACUCAGACGGAAAGGUGCUCCCGCUGGGCAAACAAAGCCCGUGACAACAAGCACAAGCACCAAACCGCCUACAACAACGGCCACAACGAGGGCCACGCCGACCCAAGUUUUCGCCGUGACAACUGUUCGCAGGUGCAGUCGUUACCAGUUUGAGUGUCGCACUUCUGGCGAGUGCAUCGCCAUUUACAACGCGUGCGACGGCAUUCCGCAGUGCGCUGACGGCAGUGACGAAGGUCCCGAGCUAGCCUGCCCCACGCCUCCGACUACCAGGCCUCCGCCACCUCCACCGCCGAUUCCUCCAGUUGCCCCUGCUCGCAGCGGUGGUCAACUGGAAGGACCCCUCAGCCAGCAAACCUGGACCCCUCAAAUUCAAAAGCAGCAAUUGCCGAAUUAUCCCUUGAAAAAUGGGCAAGCGCCAAAUCAAGAGGUUCCCCUGCAAGAUCCGAACAAGUAUUAUGGUGAAAAUGAGUACAGAGGACAACAACAGUGGCCGCAACAACCACCUCCAUUCAGACAGGCAGUGCCUCAGACGAGCCAAAUCCAAACCAAUUUCCACCGACCAGGACCCUUUGAAGCUUCUGAAUACGACAAUUCUCAAAACAGCCAUAUUUUCAAUCACAAAACAACAGGUCUGUUGGCAGAACAGGAUAAUAUGCCCGUUUUCCCCAGAAACAAUGGUUACAACGGACGUGCCGCUCCCAACUACUACCCCAAUCCGGAUUACCACCAGCCAGAGGUGCCUGUGCAGUGGCCGCGUCCGCAAGAACCAACCCUUGAUCAUGCGAGGAACAAUUUGGUGCAGCACUCGAUGGAGGACGAAUUGAAGAUGCGCGCUCAGCAGCCACCGGAAGCUCCCCGCGUACCUUACAACCCUCCACAGUCGUCUGAUUAUUAUUACGAAGAGGGGGGACAGCAACACGGCGUUUUCCACAAACACCCGCUGACCCCACAGAAUUUACCCCCGAGUGAUUCACAGGCAGCUCAGCCUGCUAUGCAAAUCCCUGCAACUGUUCCGACUUUACCCCCAUCAACCAACGACCAGGAAAAAACAACAGAACACCCCUAUGAAGAUGCGCAUAAGCAUGGUCACUACACUGGAAAUCCUUCGCAGAAAAAAGCGCUUGGACACAAAAAUUUAGACGCGGAAGCCUUUCAAAUGCCUGACGGGACUGCAGCUAAGCCUGGAGGAGCGUACUUGUCUCUGAGCAUAGGUCUCUUGGUGACUGCCCUGCUCGCUGCACUUAUCAGUUGCCGGCUACGAGCGGUUAGGAGGCGGCUCAGGAGAGGUGGAAAAUCCAACUUGGCUCACGACGCAGAUUUCCUGGUCAACGGAAUGUACCUUUAAAAUCGUAGGUCAGUUGACAAGGUGGAGCGUUACUUCAAGUUGAUUGAUUGUUUAGAAAACUUUGUACACAGUGAUUAUGAAAUACACAUCAUACACAUCAAAUUGUAAAAAAAAAUGAACGAAUUAUCAGAUUGCCUGUAAGAAUGAGGGAGAAUCGUAUUACCUUGACAAUGUCUAAAAUAAACUAUUGUUGGUGAUAGGAAAAAAGAAAAUUAUAUAAAAAUAAAUAACUACAGAAGUGCAUGUUUGUGGAUACCAUAGCAGGGACGUAGAAAAAUACAAUGUAUUUUACUAAGCACUGAAACUUUUGCACCUGAAAUUAUAACGAAUAAAAUGAAAAUUGGCAAACUGUGCAGCUAAAUGGUGGAAGUCGUUAUUGGUAUAGUUUAAUUUCUUUCAACUUCAUUCUCAAAUCUCUCAACGUGGCCUCUAUUUGUAUGUCUCUAAAUUUUUAAUUGUUAAUGUGAAGAGAUGCUGGUCUUUCACAUACCUGUUCAUCAAUAAAAUUAGUGAA